AUGGCUCGAAUGAACCACCCAGCUCCUGUGGAAGUCACUUAUAAGAACAUGAGAUUUCUUAAUCCAACCAAUGCGACCUUAAACAAAUUUAUAGAGGAACUUAAGAAGUAUGGAGUUACCACAACAGCAAGAAUAUGUGAAGCAACUUAUGACACUACUCUUGCGGAGAAAGAAGGCAUCCAUGUUCUCGAUUGGCCUUUUCAUGAUGGCGCACCACCAUUUAACCAGACUGUUGAUGAUUGGUUAAGUCUCGUGACAAUUAACUUCCACGAAGACCCUGGUUGUUGUAUUGCCGUUCAUUGUGUUGCAGGCCUUGGGAGAGGUCCAGUGCUUGUCGCCCUAGCAUUAAUUGAAGGUGGAAUGAAAUAUGAAGAUGCAGUACAGUUGAUAAGACAAAAGCAGCGUGGAGCUUUCAACAGCAAGUAA